UCAACAUAAAUUAUGAUGGGAUAGGAGGUAAUUCUGACUAAGUUGAGGGCUGUUGGUAAUCUACUGGACAAAAAAAUGGAUUUAUGUUGUGUUAAAUAAAGCAAUUAACUAUGUCGCACUACGUCAAAGCAACCAAGAAGACAUUCAGUAAAACUGCUCACGAUUGCCUUGUUCGUCCUUUAUUGAAACAAAGAGAAACGGGAGAAUUAUGCGACAUUGUCUUAAAAUUGAACGGUCGCCGGUAUAAUGCACACCGCGCAAUUUUGGCCUUAUGGAGUCCUUAUUUUCAUUCUAUGUUUACUUGUGACAUGAGAGAAAAAAAUAUUAGGGAAGUAGAUCUUUCUGCUUCAUUGGUACUUGAACAGGAUUCAGUCUUUAGCACAGUUCUGGACUACUUAUACACUGGCUCUCUACCUCUCACCACAGAAACAAUCACAGAUGUCGUGAAGAUUUCAGAUUUUUUGCUACUGGAUGAUGUCAGAGAUUUUUGCCAGCAAUUUCUUUUAGGACUAGGCAACCUUGACCUUUCAAACUGCCUAAGAGUUCGAUUCUUGGCUGAUGACCACAACUUACCAGAAGUUGCUGCUGCUGCAAGGAGCAUCAUAGAGUCACGUUUCCAUGACCACCUGAUACAGCAUGAUGAUAUUCUAGAACUGCCAUGGGUGUGGCUGGCAAAACUGUUGGAAGAUCCUUGUGUUGUGCAGCAUACUGGCUAUAACGAGUUGCGUAAACUGAUCACUCGAUGGAUUGACCAUGAUAGAGUAACAAGACUUCCGUAUUACCAACAGCUCAAUGCUACCAUCAAUUCGUGGAUUUCAGACUAUGCAAAUGAAGCAUCAUACCUGGGUAGAGAACUGCGUAGCUCACUAGAAGGAAGGGAUUUUGUUGCUUCUCGUAGUUUUGAUUAUCACCCAGUCUCUCCUACAGAUGAUUCCAGCAACGCAAACUUAGACAACAGUAUGUAUUCCUCAUCAGAACUGCCUUCUAAUGCUGACACUCUGAUAUCAGAGAAAAUAGAAACUGGUCAGCAGAGCAACCAAGGAUCUUCUCACUGCUCUCAAAUUCUUUUCACUGUAGUAUGUAACCAGGGUUUGAAGUUCCUCAAACUUUUCCUGUAUAGUCUUGAUGAUCAGGUGUGGUACCAUUUCCCUGUAUCUGGUGAGAGGCUGUUGAAGUUUGUACCAAUGAGACAAACUGUCUGUAACAUGCUUGCACAUGAAGGAAAGCUGUACAUGUAUUUAUGUUCUUCCUUUCCUUACCCCACAGACAUGUUAAAAAUUAAUAUCCUCACUAUUGACUUGCUUACUGGGCAACCUUCGUUAUUUUCAUUCAGGACUGUUGAUUACUACAAACCAACUUACAGGACAACUUUGACGAACUUUCGAACUGCACCACCUGCUAUGGUUAUGUGCAGUGGCCAGUUGUUUGUUGUAGGUAACAAAGAAGGAACUGGUCAUUUGUUUGCCUGUAAUUUGGCCAACAACCAGUAUGCCUGUUAUCAGAUUCCAAGUUCCAGGUUUAUCAGCUUGGCUAGGUGUGUUGUAAGAAAUGAUCGCCAGAUUUUUGUUUGGUAUCGCCACAGGACAGGUCCAUCUGAAGAGUUCUCCAUAAAAAAGUCAGUGGGUUUUGUGCUGUUUGAUGCUAAGAUGAAAAUUUUCAGUUCUUGGGAGCUAACACCACCUGAUAUUUCAUACGAUGACUUUGCAAAAUGUUUCACUAUGUGUGUACGGGAUGACACUGUACACAUCUAUCAGCCAGGAGAACCUGCUAUUAUCCUAGAUGAAGUAAGGGUAAAAUGGGUCACGUCUAUGCGACGUAUUCCUACACCAGGAACUGAGUAUAUUAGGGAACCUCAGGCUUACGGGUACCAGAUAGCAGUCCCAGCACAGGAAGGUAUUUUAGUAUUGAACAACUGGCAGCCUUACACAACGUCGUUACAUGAAGUGUCUGAAAAGUUUCCCUGUGCCAUGGCUCACAUUCCCCCACCUAUAGACAAUGUUUCCGUGGCAACCCUAGCUGAGAUACCUAGGUUUUUGCUGCGGAGCCUACAGCGAUGUACGUCUUAUGAUGAAGCCUAUGCAAGUGCUCUUCAUGUGGCCAUGCAGUACUCUGAUGGAGACACAGACGACAGUGCUGGUUCUGUUCUUGAAGAAGCCAAUUCAGACAAUGAUGAAUAUGAGUAUGAUGAGGAUAUUUAUGAAUAUGAUUAUGAAAUGGAAGGUUAUGAGGUUUGAAUUAAAAUGUUCAUUUAAAUCAAGUCGUACGAAGUACAGCUUUUUCAUA